AACAGAGCCACACACGGACACACUGUUACACGUCAUCACGCACAUACACACGCGCUGUUUUAGUGUUCUGUUCCUCGGUCAACGUGCGUUAUGAAGCGCGCGCCUGGAUAACAACCGGUUUGGUGGUGUUUUUUUUUUUUUUUGCUUUUAGUGAAAGUGUCAUUUCAGGGUUUUUUUUUCUUCUUCAUCAUCUUCUUCUUCCUCGAGCUGAAUUGGAUUUUACUUUAUAAUGAUUUUGGAUAUGCGCAAACGGGAUGAAGAGAAGCCCUUUCCUGCCCGCAGAAGUAAAAUAAAAUAGGGUUUCAUUUACAGCGGACUUAAUCCUCUCGUUCCCUAUGAAGAAGUCAAAAAUUUGGAUACGUACCUGUGUCCAUUUGUUGCUUUACAUCACGGUUGCUGCCUAUUCCAGUGAAAUCGGAAAUCCCAUAACAGAUGACAUCAAGAAAAUUUCAUUGCUGAAACAGAAUAUUCCAAAAGACUACAAGAUCACCGUACAAUAUUUGCCUAAAGAAGUGAGUGGUAUGUGCUGGGUGAAGCUCAACGUAUUCCACUUAGAGGCUAGUUUAAAAGACCUGGCCCAGAAGUUUGGGAAUAUUUCCUCUAACAAAGAUUACAUAGAAACGUUUGUCCAGAUGUUAAAAGAGAUGCGAUAUAUCAUCGGACAACACUUGGAGGAUUCCAUGCUGGAGUUUCAGUGCCACUACAGAGAGGAGAAAUGGCUCACGCCUCGCUAUUUCCAAUUUGUAGAAGACUUUUUUAACACGGCCAAUUCGUUGAAAGAAGACAAAGACUGUGAGCCUCCGCCGUGUCCCACCACCACAAAACCCGCCGCUGCGGAGACGACGACGACUGCGGCGACAGAGUCGCCUUUGCUGCAUCGUUCGCAAACCGGUAGCCCAUCUUCCGAGAGCACAAAAGAAGGCUCCAUGGAUCCGAGGACUUUUCCGUCGGCGGUGAAGACGAGUCUCUAUUCUCUCCUUUUUAUUCCCGUCAUCGCCGCCGUGUUCCUGCUCGUCUGGAAGGUGAGAUCCAGAGGAAACGCCCCUUUGCCCCAGAGUAGUACAGAAGAUCCGCCUCUGUUUAUUGGAGCCAAGCCCAGCGCACCACCGCUAGAUGAGGACAUGUCUGAAAACAAAAGAUUAAACAACAUCUGCACAGUGUAACACCAUCCAUCUUCAUCACAACCGAUUGUACAGUUGAAAGAAAAGGCAGCGACUCGAGAUCCACACAUCUAACUUCUUAUUCUCUCAGCUUUGAGGGACAAGUACCGACCUCGAAGAAUGAAGAACUGAGUUACGAUGAUGUUUCUGAGAACAAUAGUCGCACCUUUUCUGUGGUAGAAGGGUGGAGGAGGAGGAGGAGGAGGAGGAAGAGGAGGAAGAGUUAAAAUUGAUGACCUGACUGUGAUUCAUGCAUGGAGAUCACACAAGAGGGAAAAACAACCCUGUCAAAUCCAGCUGAAGGGCCUUAGUUCAGCGCAGCUGAGAGUAUCCGAAUAAUCCAGAACAAUUGCGAAGAAGAAGAAGAAGAAGAAGAAGAAGAAGCGAAGGCAAGAAGCGACUGCAUUUCGUCCUCUUCCCUCCUGCUUCCUGUUUGGUAGAGUUCUCUUGCUCUUUGUGUCUGAGCUUUGGAUAUCCUACUUGUUUUAAUCAUUUUCAUAACAAAAAAUAUUCUUCAGUCGUUUCAUCUGAAUUGUGUUUCUGAUUUUUUUUUUUUUUUUUUAUUGUUGCUUAACUGGUGGUGUGGACUUAAUUUAUUUAUUUUGUUUCUCAGAAUAUGUUCUAAAAGUAAAAAGAGUUUUUUUGCUGCUCCUGCGUGUGUCGUCAGGCGAUGAGGUUGUGGAAGUGCAACGCUCCAAUUCUGUGCUCCUUAAACCACAGCUGUUGCGCUAUAACGCGGGCCCUCGGGCCAUCUAAUUACUGUCAGGUCUUUUACAUUUACAACCUGUUCGCUGCAUUUACGGAAUUUAUAACCGCGGCUUCGUGCGGAGCUUCACACUGAGCUGUGAUCUGUGAGUUCGAUCCAGGAGUCGAUUCAGCUUUCGCACGCUGCUGCCAGUUUAAAUAGAAGAUAUGAACUCUUAUGUCUUACAGAAUAAUCACCCAAAACCUUCAGAUUAACACCUGAUUCUGUUUAAUAACAGUUUGUAAUGAAUGUUAUUACAUGUCAUUAAAUAAGAUGAUAAAAUUCUCAAAAAAAAAAAAAAAAAACAACAACAACAAAAACAGGACAUCUGUGUUCGUAUAUUUCUAAAUCCAGCUUAGUGUGCUUUAACAUCACGCCACACUUUUUUGCUCGGAACCUUGAACCUUUUUUAAAUCCUGUUAAACAAAGUCCCCAUUAUGCUGAUGUGUGUGUGUGUGUGUGUGUGUGUGUGGAAUAGUAAUAAUAAUAACAAGAGAGCAUCAGUUAAAACCCUUAAUCAAGGAUCUCUUAACGAACACUGUUCUCCUUGAGUCAGAUCAUUCGAUUCACCAAAGCCGAAGAGUUGACUCUUUCGAAUCCUGGUCGGCCAUUUUGUUUAAAAGCAGACAAACAAUUUUUUUAAAAGUGCUUGUUUGUGUAAUAUUUGGGUCAUUAAAACACUGUUUGUAACCCUUAACAUCGAUGCUGUCUUAACGUACACUGUUUUCAGUGAGUCAAAUCAUACGGUUCAACAACGAUCAAGAUUUGACUCUCUUGGAUCAAAGUCGGCCAUUUUUUUGUUUGAAACCAGACAAACACGUUUUGACCGUUUGUUUGUUUGUUUGUUUUUUGGUCUACAUGAUGAUACAAAUGACAAAUUUCAGCAAUGCAUCCAUACAUAUAUAUGAAUUAAUUUAUAGGUAAAUAAAUAGCCUCUGCUGUAGCUAGAAUAAACACUGGAUAAAGCAGAUGCUAUUUAUUUAUUAGAAGUAAGGAAUAAUUUUAAAAAAUGAUAUGGGGGAACGCUUUUGGAGGAAUAUAAUCAACAAAUUAGGCGAUAGUUGACGAUUUUCAUAUAUAACGGCACCUCCGAAAAUGUGGCGAUGAUUACAAUUUAAAAAUGUUUUAAUAGAUAAAAUGAAUUUAUCAAUCCAUAAAAAUGGAUUAAAUGGCAUUUUAUGUGCUAUAUCGAUUAUAGAUCCAUUGUGAAACCUCUAUAAAACAGUCCUUAACUAACCGGCGUCUCUUUUUUUUUCCCUUUCUCGAAUAAAUAAAUAAAUAAAUAAAGAGCUACCCUUAAACGUGUGAAUGUGAGCGCUGACACCGGAGACUCCUUCCGUAACUUACAAAAAUCGCGUCACAACUUUUUUCUUACGUUUGUUUGCUGCUCAUUUUUACUAUAGAAACGAUAAAGAACUAUUAAACUAAGGUCAUUAAUGUAAACCUGCGAUCUAGAUGAUGAUUCAGAUGUCAGUUUAAGAACAUUUCUGAGGUAGAAAUCUCGCUUCUGGCUAAUAACGGCUGUAAAUCAUGUUAGUUUUGUAACCUUAAAGUCAAGCGUUACCAAACAGUGUGUGAGUUUGCUCUUCUCAAGCUUCAGAAUGGCUUCAGGCUGAACGUGACUCAUCUCUAAGCGCUCUGUGUGUGUGCGUGUGUGUGUGUGUGUGUGUGUGUGUGUGUGUGUGUGUGUGUGUGCGCAAAUGAGUGUCAGAAAUGUGCAUGCUCUUUUCUCUUUUUAUUCUGCUCCUCAGAACCCAACGUGUACAUAUCGAUUUUUCUAACAGCUAUCAACAAAUGUAAUACGUUUCAGAUGAAUCUCUGAGAUUCGUUACGUUUUUUUUUUUCCUCUUCUUUCAUAACCGGAAUGAUCCUCUCAUGGGAUGCGUUCUCUCAUGGGUUGUAACGAUCUGUGUGGGAAUGAACUGCUGCUGCUGCUGCUGCUUCGAUGCAUGUGUACCACUUUUUAACGACUUUAUAUAUUAUAUAUAAUAUAAUAUAAUAUAAUAUAAUAUAUAAAAGUAAAUCUCUGGUAUAAAUCUGUUUCCCUGAUCAUGCAUUAUCACUAAGUUUUCUUCUGGAGACACGGCCUGGAACGCCGCAGGAAGCCGGAAACUGAAAUCUGCUCGUUUUGGAACGUUUACAGCUUUCUAUUCAUUACGGCAGCGACUCAAAACUGUUUCUUUUUUCAAUACACGUUUUUAAAAACUAUCCUCUUUCACCACAACUAAUCGAUGUAUUGACUUCUAUACCAGUAACGGAAUAAAAGACGAGGUUGUGUGAGAACUAUUUACCCGUCGGACAUGAAAUACGUGUAGAAAUUCUGCAGUAGUGCUUUUUUUUUUUUUUUAUCGAUGUAGAAAAGAAAAGAAAAAACGAUUGCCGAUGUUACGAGUGCGUAUGCGCAUGUGGUCGAGUGUUCUGUUGUGUUGUUUUGUGUUGUGUUGUGUUUAAAUGGGAUUAGUUUUGAUAUUGUGCAAAACGUUAACGAGCCCCGUUCAGGGGACGUUGGGUUUCGUCGUUCUUUGUAACUGAGUGGAAUUUAAAAAUGAUGGAAUAAAUAAACAAAAACAACACAAGCGGAUGUAACAAGUUAAAGAAGAAUAGUUUCACCACGAGAUUAAUCAUCAUAGACGUUCUUGCAGAGACUUUAUUGCUUUAUAUUAUUUUCAUUUUGUUUGUGUGGAGAAAGGCUUAAGCUGUGAAACUUUAAAUGGUGGCAUCCUUUUUUUUUUUUUUUUUUUUUUUGAAAUCGACCCACCUAAGAGCCUCUGACCUCACAUCUGUGGACAUCACGCGACACGCCAUGGACUUACUGAAGGCCGUCAUGUAUCUGAGACUGAUUUCUGCCGUGUGUGUGUGUGUACAGUAUGAGAACACUUCACCUGGGACAAAUCCUCGUGUCUGGACGUGAGGUUCAAAAAAAUGUCCUUUGUGGAGUUGCAGGAACAAGAAAACUCACCUGGCAUGUCAGCUGCCUUUAAAAAUCUUUUAAAAAUGAAAUAAAUAAACAAAUAAAUAAAUAAAUAAAAACCUGUUCCUGCACGUUUGGACCGUCAUGCGGCAAGAAGGCUCUUAGUCAAGGAAGAUAGUCAGGGUGCCAAAAGAUAUAAGUAAUUGUGGCCCAGUUGAUGUGAUAUCUGGGUGACAGUCUACUGUAUUCUGUAUUUUUAUAUAAAUAUAUGCAUAUAAUGAAAAUAUAUGUAUGAGAUGUGAAUAAAGUACAUUUAUCCAACACUGCUCUGGAAAUCCUCACAA